AUGACGGUGACCAGAUCAUCUCCGGAGGACCCUCAUGUCGCUGCCGGCGAGCAGCAGCAGCCGCAGCGGCAAGCAGCGGACAAGGCGCCUCGCACCACCGAGGAGGAGCCGGCGGAUUUUACCAAUAUUUCCCGGUACCAGAGGAACAACCCAGAGUCCGUUCCAGUCCCAAAUGGCAGCGGCAGCAGCAGUGGCAGCUCCACCACCAGGAAGCUAACAGAACACGCACCAUCAGCCACACCAAGCAUGGACGAGCGCGACGGGGCCACAGCCGUGGACGCCGACAACUCGAGCCUCGCGUCCUACCUCGCCCGCGCCUCGCUCAAGCAGCGCUGGCCAGGAGGGCGUCCGGCGUCCUCAUCCGCUGUCAUAGUGAGCGAUCACCCGCUACACAACACCUCCGUGCACUCCCCGCAGGGACUCAACCUGGGCGGCAGCCUCUACGACUUGGCAGCCCAAGCCUCCGAGGUAUCCAACAACCUCGGUGGCGCGGUCUACACCUUCGACGCCCAGGCCUCCCAGGUAUACAACAGCCUCGACGGCGGCCUCUACAACCUCGCCGCCCAGGCUACCCAGGGAGCCGACCUCGGCGCGGGCGGGCUCUACAACCUCGCCGCCCAGGCCACCCAGGGAACCAACCUCGGCGACGGCAGCAGCAGCAGCCACAUCGCCAUCGCCGCGCCGAAAGACCCCGUCCCGCUCAAGUGGGGCCACAAGAAGCGCUCGCGCGCCCGCCGUGAGCCGCACGCGCUCGCGCCCGCUCCCACUCCUGCACCCGUACCGGUGCCUACUCCUGCGCCAGCACCGGUGCCCACUCCCACCCCCGCGGCUGAGCCCCAGCUGAUCCCCGCUCAGGCGCAUUGCCGGGCCAUCUUAAGGCUGAAGAAACGCCCGGCGGCGCAAGGCUAGGCCCAGCCGCGUGCGGA